GUGGAUCUCUCUAAGUUUGCUCCGAAAAUGCCUCUACUACGAACGGGCAAGGGGACUGGAGAGAAGCUUUCCCCGAGAGAAGGAGAAAGAGCUUGCAUAAAUAGUCUACUGCCCCUACAACUGAAUGGUCUAUGGUUGCGACUGAAAAGGUUAUCUGCAGUAUAGUACACCAAUAUCUUUGAGUCUUCCAAAUCACCAUUGCUUCGAGAUGCGUGUCAAGCUGUUUCAGGCAGUCAAUAACACGACAGGGAACGAACCGAAGCCGCCAAAAGAGGCGGUACUGAAAGAACAAGAUAUCCAGACUGGAGCAUUGAAAGCAGAACUUGUACACGCACAAUGGACCAAGAAGGGCGUUAUCAUUGCCUAUGUUGGGCUCUUUGCGACCACAUGGAUCAUUAACAUGAUGACUUACUCCGUGACCGUCUAUCAGCCUUAUGCGACCAGUGCCUUCAAGCAGCACUCUCUCAUCACCACUGCCGGUAUCGUCGAGAACAUAGCGACGGUGGCCUCGUACCCAAUCAUUGCCAAACUCUCAGAUGUCUUCGGUCGAGCUGAAGGUCUCUCAUUAUCGAUUGCAUUUAUCGUUCUCGGGUUGAUUCUCUCUGCGGCGUGCCAGGACAUUGAAACCUAUGUGGCCUCUGGCAUCUUCGACGCCAUCGGGAACACGGGUUUCACCAUCAUGCAGCAAGUGUUCAUCGCCGACACCACCAAGCUGAUCAAUCGUGGUAUCUGGUCAUCUCUUGUCGAUGCAGUGGUGGUGGUGCCAAUGCUAUACGUCGGAACCAUUAUUGGUGACAGCGUACUGAAGCACUCAACUUGGCGUUGGGGCUAUGGAAUGUGGGCAAUCAUUUUACCCGUGGCUGCUAUUCCAAUGAUCGUGAUACUGGGCUACUAUCAGCGUCGGUCGAAGAAGACAAUGGAAACCGAAAACCAGAAGCUUGCUAUCCUGCGAGGUUUGCCAGACCGGGCUUCCUUCUCCCGCAAGGCUUUCCAUCUUCUCUAUAUCGAGCUAGACCUUGUUGGCGCCAUUCUCCUUACUGCCGGCCUGGCUCUGACGCUGGUUCCUCUGUCAAUCACAGGCUCUAACAACAGCCACAAAUGGGGAGAUGCUUCCACAAUCUCCAUGAUCGUUAUCGGCGUGAUUCUGCUUGCAGUCUUUUUCGUUUGGGACACCAGAUACGCCCAGAAACCCUUUGUUCCUUACCGAAUGAUCCGUGAAAGGACGGUGAUCGCAGCUUGCUUCAUUGGGCUGGUGGACUUUGUUGCCUACGGAGCACUUGCUACAUUCUUUUCCAGUUACCUUCAAGUCGCAGGCCAUUAUCACGCUGGCCAUGCUACUCGUAUCAAUAAUGCGAUCCGAGUGACCUUCCAGGUUGCCUCCGUUCUGGUGGGGUUCCUGAUGCGCUUCACGAACAGGACCCAGAUGUUUGUUUACAUUGGGGUUCCGAUAGCAGUGAUCGGUCAUGGAAUCAUGAUUUAUCUGUGCAAUGUCGACGGAGAAAGGGCUGGCAAUGAAGCAUCCCUUGUUACUUCGAAAGUACUUGUCGGAUUAGGACGUGGCUUCUACCAAACAGCUUCACUGGUAUCCUGCCAGGCUUUGGUGACCCGGCAAGAAAUCGCGGUUGUUACAGCUAUCUUUAUGGCCUCAAUGAGUAUCGGUGGGUCGAUUGGGAAAAGUAUGGCUGGAGCUAUUUGGAACCAUUACCUCCCGGAUAAGCUGAAUAAGUACCUACCUGCUGAGAGCCGGUCCCAGGCCAAACGGAUCUACAAGUCGAUGGUCGUGGCCAUGAAGUUCCCGGUGGGACAACCGACCCGUAUUGCAAUUGACCGGGCUUACCGCGAAACAACUCGGCUUCUCGCGAUAUCAGGAACGGCAGUCUUCGUCCUCGCUCUCGUGGCCAUGCUUUUCAUGAAGGAGAUCAACCUCAAGAAACGAGACGCAGAGAUGGAGGCGGAAACUCAGCAAAUCACAGGCGAAAAGAAGAUUGACACGGGACUUGACUCGGUAGGGGAGAAGGUGUCGCCAAAUAAAGAAGUCGUGUAGUAUGAUCCUCUUGGAUAGGUACUUAAAAGCAUAUAUAGUACAGUGUCGUCAUGUUAUUAUGCCAAGCUGA